AUGGAUAUAGAUAGCCGUAUUAAAGCUUAUCGCUUUGUUGCCUAUUCGGCAGUUGCAUUCUCUGUGGUGGCCGUACUUUCAGUAUGUGUCACAUUACCAGUCGUCUACAACUACGUCUACGAAAUCCGUCGCCAUAUGCGCAGUGAAGUGGUCUUCUGCAAGGGAUCCGCACAAGACAUCUGGUCAGAAGUAUACGAUCUGAGAAACAUUGCCACAGCACAUAACCGUACUGCCCGUCAAGUUGGUGGAGGUUGUGAAGCUUGCUGUGUUCCUGGAGCUCCCGGUCCAGCUGGACCACGUGGUAAACCAGGAAAGCCCGGUAAAAAUGGAGCUCCUGGACUUUUGGGCAAAGCAGGUCUUCAAUCAGUGCAGCCAUGCGAGCCACAAACACCACCUCCAUGCGCACCAUGCCCAGCUGGAGCACCUGGACCACCAGGACCAGCAGGACCCGCAGGAGAUGCCGGAGCAAACGGUCAAAAAGGAAAAGAUGGUUCGGCAGCACUCGCUGGGCCCGCCGGUCCCAAAGGAGCACCUGGACCAGCUGGUGCACCCGGAGCUCCAGGACCCGCUGGAGACGCUGGUGCUGCAGGACAGAGCUCUCCAAUACUUCCAGGAGAAGCUGGACCAGCCGGAGACGCCGGAGCACCCGGACCAGCCGGACCAGCCGGAAACCCAGGUGCGGAUGGAGCUGCAGGUCCUGCAGGAUCUGCAGGCAAGGCUGGUGCCGAUGGAGCGGCAGGAGCGGACGGUCAGCCAGGUCAAGCAGGCCCAGCUGGUACACCAGGUACGCCUGGCGAGAAGGGUAUCUGCCCCAAAUAUUGCGCUAUCGAUGGAGGAGUGUUCUUCGAGGAUGGAUCACGCCGUUAA